GCGACGCAAUGAUUGGCUGAGCGCGACUUGGCGGCUGUCACGCAUGUCACACAAAUAACCCGCGCUCGUGAUGACGGUUGAAUCAAGCUCAUUCACGUCGGCGCUUUCGGGUCAGUCUUACUUCUGGGUCAGUGUUUGUGGGAUCGAAGAAAUGGAAAAAUUCGCUGAGUUUGUUUCAUCUAUUGGGCAGAACGCGCGCUCGUCUCCGUACAUGCCUCCGAAUGCGCCAGUGCCUCGGGUAACUGCGGCCCCUAAUUCCCCACCAGCGAAUUACGUGAGCUGCGAUUUAGCGAGACAACAUUCUCUUUCAAUGAGCACUCAGUCGCAAGCUGGGAAAUUUUCGCCUCCGGUUGGAGGCUCAACACAGCUUUCUCCCAGCCCUCAGUCGUGUAUGGAGAUGGAGAGCGAAAACAACGAUUCUUCCUCCAAACGUAAGAAGCGUCGAAACAGAACAACCUUUACGUCCUUUCAACUGGAAGAGAUGGAGCGUAUUUUUCAGAAGACGCACUAUCCUGAUGUUUACACGCGGGAGCAGUUGGCACUGCGUUGUGACUUGACGGAAGCUAGGGUGCAGGUGUGGUUCCAGAAUCGAAGAGCCAAAUGGCGCAAGCGUGAACGCUUUGCUCCAGUCCCCGUUCCAGUGCGAUCAAUCACCAUGGCACCCAUCUACGAUCGCCAUCCCCAGGCGCCAGGUUGGCCUCGGCCGUCCAACAGUUGUAUGAACCCGUCGGGGCAUGGACCGGGGCCGUUGGCGCAUCACAUGCCUGUACCAAGCUAUGGGCCUGUUGUGCACGUGCACCAUUCAUUGCCCCCAAACAGGCAUUCACCAAGGUCUCCGUCCCCAGAAUCUCCCCCGCACUGUGCUAAAGUCGGUGCCAUGACAACCUCAAGUUCCGGGAUGAGGCGGUCGCCCAUUGCUCAUCCAAACGUCACCAUUUCGCAACACGGUCCUUCCAAGCAGCUUCCGCCUUGUGCGCAUGCUCAGCAGCAACGUGGAAAUCACUCUCCCGCUGAUGGCUGCCACGGUUCGCCUGGGUCCAUGACGUCACAAAAUUUCUGUGACGAACGUGAGCCUUCGUUACAGUGUCCUCAGCGGCAUACCUCAAGCAUUGCAGCACUGAGAAUGAAGGCCAAAGAGCACGCGGUGGUGGUCGACAUGGCGAGAACGCAUAAUGGAAGAGCCGAAGUGUAAAUGGAAUCUUUUUUGGCAAUGGAGAACGUGAAAACUGUGUAACUAGAAUAAUUCUGAUUAAGAGAAACGUUUUGUAACGGAGCAUUAACCUUAAAGCGGCUAGGCAUGUCAGUUUGGUGUUUCUUGCCAAACUUGAAAUAUUCUGGUAAUUUCGAAAUCAAAGCUUCACGUAUUCUUGGUAGUGCUAAGGCGGGCAACGCGGAAAUGAAAAUUUCCGUGCAAUAUUUACCACAUUCUCAUUUAUAGAAAAAGUUUUAGUUUCUGCAGUGAACCAGGUUCAAACUGGGUCCGUUUUGACCGUUUGCUUUUCUGUGAAGCUUCCCUGUAAAUACUUAUGUUCCUCCAUCAUUCUGUUUUAAGGUCAGUAUUUCUUUGUUACAAAAUCGGCCAAAAUUGCUCCUUGAAUUGACCUGGCCUAGCCCUUUUAUUAAGGGUGCUAUUUUUGAUUUUCUGUAUAUGAUUUCUUAGUCUGUGUUCAUGACCCCAUCUAUGUUAGAUCUGUUUGUAAUGGCAGUGUUGUCAUGAGGCCCGCACGGUGGUCACUUCCUAUCGGCAGGCAUGAGACAUGCUGAAAAUAGAGGAGAGCUCAAAAUCUGUUCCUAUCCACUGAUCUCCCCAUAAUUUUGCCUUCCUGUGGUUAUAAAUUAUUGCGGGUGGGGAAGGGAUAAGGAUGGGAGUAGAGGGCUGGGACGUUUGGUGUGAUGGCAUUCAGAUAAUAAAACUCCUUGGAUCGCUGCGUUUUCUAAA